AAUCUGUUGGUCACUGUGGUUGAUUAAUUUAUAAGUGCUGUAUUGUAUCCUAAACUUGCAGGUUCUACGUAGCAGAAGUGCUCCUUGCUAUGGAAUACCUCCACAUGCUUGGCAUUGUGUACCGUGAUCUCAAGCCAGAAAAUGUGCUUGUCAGAGAAGACGGGCAUAUAAUGCUCUCUGAUUUUGAUCUCUCCCUUCGCUGCACUGUGAGUCCAACGCUUGUCAAGUCGUCAUCUCUUGAAACAGAGCCGCUGCGGAAGAAUUCAGCUUAUUGUGUGCAGCCAGCUUGCAUCGAGCCUUCUUGCAUUCAGCCAUCCUGUGCUGUUCCUACAACAUGUUUCGGGCCUCGUCUCUUUUCUAGCAAGUCAAAGAAAGAAAAGAAGUCUAAGAAUGAAAUAGGGAACCAAGUUAGCCCAUUACCAGAGCUAAUUGCUGAGCCUACUGGAGCGCGAUCAAUGUCAUUUGUUGGGACCCACGAGUAUUUAGCACCUGAGAUAAUCAAAGGCGAAGGACAUGGAAGUGCAGUGGACUGGUGGACUUUUGGUAUCUUUCUCUACGAGUUAUUGUUUGGCAAGACACCCUUCAAAGGAUCAGGGAAUCGGCAAACACUUUUCAACGUUGUGGGUCAGCCUCUGCGGUUUCCAGAAUCUCCGGUGGUCAGUUUUUCAGCGAGGGAUCUUAUCCGAGGCUUGCUCGUGAAAGAGCCACAGCAUAGAUUGGCAUACAAAAGAGGAGCCACAGAAAUUAAGCAGCAUCCCUUCUUUGAAGGUGUAAAUUGGGCUUUGAUUCGUUGCGCGAGUCCUCCUGAGAUCCCAAGGCCCGUGGAAUUCGAGAGAAUUUCAGUUCCAGUAGCAUCCACCAGUGAGAAAGCUGUAGCUGGAACUGUCCCUCACCAGAAAAAUUCAGAUAACUAUCUUGAAUUUGAUUUCUUUUAAUCUAUUUAUUUAUAUCUUUUUUUACUUAGCCGAUUGGCUGUUUCGCUUCACCAAAAAGAAAACAUACGAAGCUGUACAACAUUUGGAAGAUGUUAAGUCAAGGUUUGGGUAGUUUGAUGAUCAUAUUAUUGUUUGAGUUGUAAUUGAACAGUUAAAAUUUGUUGUAUGGCAAACACUACAAGUUUGAUGCACUAAUCCAUAGUGUGAAUUUGUUGUAGUUUAUAAGCAGUUCACAUGUUAUGCCUGGA